CGCGCAGGGCACCCCGGGGACUCCCACCGCCCCGGAGGCAGGAUGAGCAUCGAGAUCCCAGCGGGGCUGACGGAGCUGCUGCAGGGCUUCACGGUGGAGGUGCUGAGGCACCAGCCGGCGGACCUGCUGGAGUUCGCCCUGCAGCACUUCACGCGCCUGCAGCAGGAGAACGAGCGCAAAGGCGCCGCGCGCUUCGGCCAUGAGGGCAGGAUCUGGGGGGACGUGGGCGCCGCCACCGGGGGCGGCACCCCCAGCAAGGGAGUCAACUUCGCCGAGCAGUCCGUGCACACCGACUCCGAAAACGGGGAGGAGGAGGAGGCCGCGGAUUCAGGGGCGUUCAACGCUCCAGUAAUAAACCGAUUCACAAGGCGUGCCUCAGUAUGUGCAGAAGCCUAUAAUCCUGAUGAAGAAGAAGAUGAUGCAGACUCCAGGAUUAUACAUCCAAAAACUGAUGAUCAAAGAAAUAGAUUGCAAGAGGCUUGCAAAGACAUCCUGCUGUUUAAGAACCUGGAUCCGGAGCAGAUGUCUCAAGUAUUAGAUGCCAUGUUUGAAAAAUUGGUCAAAGAAGGGGAGCAUGUAAUUAAUCAAGGUGAUGAUGGUGACAACUUUUAUGUAAUUGAUAGAGGAACAUUUGAUAUUUAUGUAAAAUGUGAUGGUGUUGGAAGAUGUGUUGGUAACUACGAUAAUCGUGGAAGCUUUGGUGAACUGGCCUUAAUGUACAAUACACCCAGAGCAGCUACAAUCACUGCUACCUCUCCUGGUGCUCUAUGGGGUUUGGACAGGGUAACCUUCAGGAGAAUAAUUGUAAAAAAUAAUGCCAAAAAGAGAAAAAUGUAUGAAAGCUUUAUAGAGUCACUGCCAUUCCUUAAAUCUUUGGAGGUUUCAGAACGCCUGAAAGUGGUAGAUGUAAUAGGCACCAAAGUAUACAACGAUGGAGAACAAAUCAUUGCUCAGGGAGAGUUGGCUGAUUCUUUUUUCAUUGUAGAAUCUGGAGAAGUGAAAAUUACUAUGAAAAGGAAGGGUAAAUCAGAAGUGGAAGAGAAUGAUGCGGUAGAAAUUGCCCGGUGUUCUCGGGGACAGUAUUUUGGAGAACUUGCCCUGGUAACUAAUAAACCUCGAGCAGCUUCUGCGCACGCCAUUGGGACUGUCAAGUGUUUAGCCAUGGAUGUGCAAGCAUUUGAAAGGCUUUUGGGACCUUGCAUGGAAAUUAUGAAAAGGAACAUCACCACGUAUGAAGAACAAUUAGUUGCCCUGUUUGGAACAAACAUGGAUAUUGUUGAACCCACUGUGUGAAGCAGAAGUAUGGAGAAAGAAGAUCUGUAGUGGCAAAAUUACACAGUAGGGGUUAGUCCACUGAGAAUGUGUUUGUGUAGAUGCCAAGCAUUUUCUGUGAUUUCAGGUUUUUCCUUUUUUUACAUUUACAAUGUUAUCAGUAAACAGAGCAGUGAUUUAAUAGUCAGUAGGCUUUAACAUCACUUUCUAAGUACUUAGAUCAUAAAAAAUUCCACAUACUGACAAUAUGAUUGUCUACUCCAUAAAAUUAUGUUUUGACUGAAAUGUUUAUUCAAAUGAUUGUAAUAUAUUGACUGAAUCAGUGUUUAAGAAGAUAAUUAAAGGAUGUUAUCAUAGACAAUAUAA